CCGGGCUGCGCCGGAGGCGGGGGACCACGGGGACUCGGGUGAGCCCUGGAAGGCCCGGGCGGCUGCAGGGGAGCCGGUGCCCGCAUGCGAGGAGGGGCCUGCCGGGAAGUCCACCCCCACCUGUGCCGGGAGCGCCGCGCCGGGGUCCCCUGCGGGGUGGCAGGGUGACCGCGUCUGCGCCCCAGCCAUGAGGAUCCGGAUGGGCGUGCGGUGGACGUGUGCCGGCAAGAGCUGCCUGCUGCUGGCGCUGCUAACCGUGGCCUAUGUGCUGGUGGAGCUCUUGGGAUCCUCCUUCCACGCCUCCCCAGAAGCCGGCCAGGCCAGGGUGUCACGAAGGCUCGCAGACCUCCAGAGGGUGGAGGACUUGUCCCACCCGCUGUACGAGAAGCCCCCCGCAGAUUCCCAUGCGCUUGGAGAAUGGGGGAGGGCCAGCAAACUCCAGCUGGACGAGGGAGCGCUGAAGCAACAGGAGGAGCUCAUCGAGAGAUAUGCCAUCAACAUCUACCUGAGUGACCGGAUCUCCCUGCACCGCCACAUAGAGGACAGGAGAAUGUACGAGUGCAAGUCCAGGAAGUUCAACUACCGGAGGCUUCCCACCACCUCCGUGAUCAUCGCCUUCUACAACGAGGCCUGGUCCACGUUGCUCCGCACCAUUCACAGUGUGUUGGAGACUUCUCCUGCCGUCCUCCUGAAGGAGAUCAUCUUGGUGGAUGACUUGAGUGACAGAGUAUAUCUGAAGGCGCAGCUUGAAACCUACAUCAGCAGCCUGGAGAGGGUACGCUUGAUCAGGACCAAUAAGCGAGAGGGACUGGUUAGGGCACGCCUGAUCGGGGCCACUUUUGCCACUGGGGAUGUCCUCACGUUCCUGGAUUGCCACUGUGAGUGUAAUUCUGGUUGGCUAGAACCACUUCUGGAAAGGAUUGGCCGGGAUGAAACAGCUGUUGUUUGUCCUGUGAUCGACACCAUUGAUUGGAACACUUUUGAAUUCUAUAUGCAAACAGGGGAGCCCAUGAUUGGUGGGUUUGACUGGCGUUUGACGUUCCAGUGGCAUUCUGUCCCCAAACACGAAAGGGACAGGCGGCUAUCAAGAAUCGACCCCAUCAGAUCGCCCACCAUGGCUGGAGGGUUGUUUGCCGUCAGUAAGAAGUAUUUCCAGUACCUGGGAACGUAUGAUACGGGAAUGGAAGUGUGGGGAGGUGAGAACCUCGAGCUGUCCUUUAGGGUGUGGCAGUGUGGUGGCAAGUUGGAGAUCCACCCCUGUUCCCAUGUGGGCCACGUGUUUCCCAAGCGGGCACCAUAUGCCCGCCCCAAUUUCCUGCAGAACACAGCCCGGGCUGCAGAGGUGUGGAUGGACCAAUACAAAGAGCACUUCUACAAUCGAAACCCUCCAGCCAGGAAAGAAGCCUAUGGUGACAUUUCAGAAAGAAAAUUACUGCGAGAACGACUGAGAUGCAAGAGCUUUGACUGGUAUUUGAAGAACGUGUUCCCUAACUUACAUGUUCCAGAGGAUCGGCCAGGCUGGCAUGGGGCCAUUCGCAGUAUGGGGAUCUCAUCUGAGUGUUUAGACUAUAAUUCUCCCGACAACAAUCCCACAGGUGCUAACCUCUCACUGUUUGGCUGUCACGGUCAAGGAGGCAAUCAAUUCUUUGAAUAUACUUCAAACAAAGAAAUAAGGUUUAAUUCUGUGACAGAGUUAUGUGCGGAGGUUCCUGAGCAAAAAAAUCAUGUUGGAAUGCAAAAUUGUCCUAAAGAUGGGUUCCCUGUUCCAGCCAACAUUAUUUGGCAUUUUAAAGAAGAUGGCACCAUUUUCCACCCCCACUCGGGAUUGUGUCUUAGCGCCUAUCGGACACCGGAGGGCCACCCUAAUGUGCAGAUGAGAACUUGUGAUGCUUUGGAUAAAAAUCAAAUUUGGAGUUUUGAGAGAUAGAAGCGCACA